AUGUCAAAGUGUCUGGAGGGAGAUAAAGAUAGGAUCAGUGAAUUACCGGAUGCACUUGUUUGCCACUUACUUUCUUUCCUUCCAACGACAUGCGCCGUGAGGACCACCGUUUUGUCUAGAAGGUGGAACAACGUAUGGACUUGUGUUACCAAUCUAGAUUUUAAAGACGAAAGAGAUUUUUGGUGUAACCAUGGCUGUGAUUAUGAUCGUUUUGAGAUGUUUGUUGAGCGUGUACUUUCCUUAACUGAUCCAUCAGACAUCAAAGAGGUUAGUCUCAAGACUUAUGUCGGAGACUUUGCUCGCCUUGAGGGUUGGAUUUGCACUGCCGUUAGGCGGUGUUUCCCAAGUCUCAAAUCCCUGGAGGUUCUUCGAGUUCCUUAUCCAGAUAAGGGCUUAAUGGAAAAGCUUUUUACAAACUGUCCUGUACUUGAACAUUUGAUUAUUGAGGCGGUUCUUGCAGACGAUGUAGCUUAUAAAAUCCAGGUCUCUGCGCCUCAACUGAAGACGUUGAGAAUAAGUUUGCAUGAACAGUAUUUUAUGAGCAGUGUUUGUAUUGAUGCUCCAAAACUUGAAAGCCUUGAUUUGGAGACAGGUGCUCUCUUGAAUUUUUCCUUGGAUGCAAGAUCCCUGAUCAGUGCCAAUAUUCAUUUACGGGACAAUCGUUUUCAAGUAAACCGAGCUUCCUUUGCCAAACAUGCAACUGCGCUUUUGGCAGAAAUUUCCAAUGUUAAAAAUCUGUCACUCUCAGCUUCUCAUUUAGAGGUAAUUAAGUAA